AUGCCUGCAGGACUAGGAAAAGCAAGCGGCGACCCAGAUAAUGAUGACUACGUUGCCCAAGUACUCGCAAGGGAGGCUCGGGAUAGCUCCGUGAAGUACUCUACUGUCGGGAUGGAGGCGUACAGACCACCACGGCGCGCAGGCUCUGCCCCCAAGCCUAACACUCGGUUUCUCCGUCAUAUUAUUAACGAGACGGACAAUCACAAUGCGGCGCUCAAGAGGAAGGAAGAAAGGGAAUCCAGAGAACGAAUGCGCCAGAUGCGGGACCAGGUUCCAUCUUCGACUCCCGAUGAUAGUAGAGAUCACCGAUCUCGUCGCUCCCAUAGAACCGACGAUCGAGGUUCACGGCGGGAGAGGGAAUACCGGCACGACAGGCAUUCAUCUCACCGGAGAAGGCAUAGGAGCCGUUCAACCUCUGCAGACAAGACCCGACCGCGUACAUCUCGACGGGAACGUGAGUCGCGUGGGCGGGAUGACGACCGACACAGGCGCUCUCGAAGAAGUCACCGGUACCGAUCCUAUUCAAGGUCGCGGAGUCGCUCUCCACGUGAAAGGGAUUCAGGAUCUCACCGUCGUCACCGACACGGAAGGCGCUCUGUUUCCCGUUCUCGAUCGCCAGAGAGGAGGGAGAAUCGCAAGGACAAAGACUCUUCACGACGUAAAGAAGCCCGAACCCCACGGCCUGAAUUUCGAGACAAGGUGUCUGGGAACGAGUCGGAUCCUUUGGAAGAUCUUGUCGGUCCUUUACCCAAGGAAGAGGCUCCGCUUCGUUCUCGCGGGCGAGGGGCAUACAAGCCCAACAUGAGCAACAUUGACGCUCAUUUUGCCCACGACUAUGACCCGUCUCUCGAUGUACAACCGGACGAUAAUGAUGCUCAAACAGGUAACGGGCCAACCCGCCGGCCUGUAGCAGGACUCAUGACUGGAGAGGACGACUGGGAACUUUCACUGGAAGCACUACGCGAUCGGGCGCGUUGGAAACAGAAGGGCGAGGAUAGGUUACGUGAAGCAGGCUUUAACAGCGACAUCGUAGAAAGAUGGAAGAGCAGCAGCUUAGCGGCCGCCGGGAACAGUGAUGAAAUGGACAAUGUGAAGUGGUCUUCAAAGAGUGAAGGUCGAGAGUGGGAUCGCGGGAAAUUUGUAGAUGGGGACGGUCAUAUUAACGUCAAGGCUUCUUGGUAG